GUUGACGGCGUGUGAGUGAGACAAUAAAUAGUGGAGAUAAGAAGUUGAGGUAUCGGGAGAAGGAUAAAUGAUUAAAUGUGGCAAAUUGAUCUCCUCUCAGCGUUCACUGGGGUUAAGUCAGGUUUGUACUUAACUUUGGAGCCUUCACUUUCAUAUUUUUUUACCCAUUUAGGGUUUAGGGUUUCUUCCCGUUGAGUUGAAAAUGGUUCGAAAGAAGAUACCGAUGAAGAGGAUCGAGGACGUAACAGCGAGGCAGGUGUGUUUCUCGAAGAGGAAGAGUGGUCUUUUGAAGAAGGCACGUGAGCUCUCCAUUCUUUGUGAUGCUGAGAUUGCUCUCAUCGUCUUUUCACCUGCUUCCAAACUCUUCCAAUAUGCUACUUCAAGUAUGGAGAAGGUAAUUGAAAGGUAUAUUUCACGGUCAGAGCUGAACCUUGACAAAUCAGGCCAGUCAUGUGCUGAGGAGCAGAUUAGAUAUAAUUACGCUGAUUUGAACAAGAAAUUAGGAGAGAAGACUUGUGAAAUGAGCCAACUGAAUGGAGAAGAACUGCAAGGAUUGAGCCUAAAGGAACUACAGAAACUAGAAGAUCGACUUGACUCAUCCUUGAACCGUGUUUAUAAAGUCAAGGUUGAAAAUUUUAUGACAGAGAUCGAUAUUCUUAAGCAAAAGGGACAUAAACUCAGGGCAGAAAAUCGGCUGGCAAAACAGAAAAAAGCUAGUAAUAAAUUAUGUUUGGUCCAGAGACACGAGCAUGAACAAGGCCAGUCCUCGGACACCUCCCUUACAUUGGGGCUCAAAAUAACUUCUGGUCAAUGAGGGGACCACGAUACAUGCCUUUUACUGUGUGACUUGCAUCAAAGAUAAAAUGUUUCAUGCAUUUGUAAGUCUAGAACAGUGCCAUUCUCCACCCCACAGUUACUUGAGUGAACCUUUUUUUUUCUGGUAAUUCGUUAUUGUUAGUAGAAACGGUGGAGUAAGAUUUAGGUAUGAUGCAGUAAUAUUCAUCUCCAUGUUGGUCAAGGAAAAGUUAUAUGAUAGGAUAAAGUUUCUUUUGGAA